AUGGACAGAGACCCCUUUGCUGAUGCAAGUAAGGGUGAUGACCUGCUCCCUGCCGGCACUGAGGACUACAUCCAUAUAAGGAUCCAGCAGCGGAACGGCAGGAAGACCCUCACCACAGUCCAGGGCAUCGCGGAUGAUUACGAUAAAAAGAAACUGGUGAAGGCCUUCAAAAAGAAAUUUGCCUGCAAUGGUACUGUAAUUGAACACCCCGAAUAUGGAGAAGUGAUUCAGUUGCAAGGUGACCAGCGCAAGAACAUAUGCCAGUUCCUCGUAGAGAUUGGACUGGCUAAAGACGACCAGCUGAAAGUCCAUGGGUUUUAA